ACUAGCUGAAAUUAAACAGAAAAUACGUUGGAAGGCUAUCAUCGCAACGGAACGAGUUAAACUACAUUUGUUGAGUAUUGAGAUAGUUACACGGUAGACGCUCUGAUGACGUGAUGCAAACUCUGAACUAUUGCAGAAGGCCGAAGCGGACGUGUGGCACAGUGGUGAAGCCCAAGUAAGAUUUACUUACAGGUGAAGAAGUUCAGUUUCUGACAACGCGUGACGAAAACCACUCGUCUUGAAUGUGUCUCUAGGAAACUGCCACCUUAAGCCAACGUGAUUAGCGGAUAUAUUCUUGCUUAGAACAGUCUGUGUACUUGUAUUAUACGGAACAAUUACAAAUUGAAACUGCGAAAAAGGAUACUAGCAACGGAUUAAUGACAACGGCUUUCGUGCUUACUGGACUCGUCGUUUGGAGAUGACGGAGUCGAGACCUGAUCGUGACGGAGGUGACGCGGUGGCAGUAGCUAAAUGGUGAGACCGGGGGCAAAGUCGUCCUUGCGUAUUUACGCGGGACGCGUAACCAUGAAGCGGAUUGCCGGUCCCCUAUUGCAACUGCUGACCGCUGGGUUACUGUUGGCGCUAAUAGUGUGCUCGCGAUCAGUCAACGCUGAGUACCUACAAGAGUUCGAAGUGCGUGAAAAUGUCCAACUUGGUACAGUGAUUGGGUUUAUCGGACAGCCGAAAAAUGGCGGCCAGGCACCCCCACCAGCUCCUCCGUAUUAUGUUGUGCCAGUGGCGAACAGCGAUGUUGAUCGUGAUCUUGUAGUUGUUGCGACUACAGGCGAGAUCCGGACAAAUACAACUCUCGACAGAGAAAGCCGAGCAGAAUACUCAUUUACGGCAAUUCCGGUCGCAAUGGGUGAGAAUGUGCGAGUAGUGAUUCGGGUACAGGAUGAAAAUGAUAAUGCACCUCAAUUUCCGGCCAACUUCAUUCGAAUAGAGUUCGCCGAGAAUGCCCCUCGAGACGCGAAACGUACGUUAGCACCUGCCCGCGACCGUGACCUCGGACAAUUCAACACGCAGCGCUACGAGAUCAUCUCAGGUAAUACGAAUAACGCGUUCAAGCUCUCAUACCACAGGGAGCGGGACGAGGUUCUUUAUCUCGAUCUGCAGGUGAACGGAGUUCUCGAUCGGGAGAUCACACCGAGUUACUCGCUCGUAGUCGAGGCGUACGAUGGCGGGACACCCGCUCUCAAGGACACGCUCCGAGUUAAUAUCACUAUCCAAGAUGUAAAUGACAACCAACCAAUCUUUAACCAGGGCCGGUACGUGGCAACGAUCCCGGAGAACGCAACAGUAGGUACAUCAGUUCUUCGCGUAUUUGCGACUGAUACUGAUGCCGGACGUAACGGUGAGGUGCGAUAUUUAAUUAGCCGUCGACAGAGCGACAGGAAGCAGUUCUUCACGAUCGACGCAAAGACUGGCGAGGUUUUUGUCAACAAGCCUCUGGACUAUGAAACGAAAGAGCUACACGAGUUGGUUGUCAUUGCCCGUGACAACGGGGCACAACCCCUUGAGACGACGACGUUCGUAUCGAUCCGCGUCACGGACGUCAACGACAACACACCCACAAUUAGCCUCAUAUUUUUGUCGGAUGACACUUCUCCUCGAAUCAGCGAAGACGCAAAAGUUGGCGAUUUUAUUGGACGAAUAUCCGUCAGUGACCCCGACUCGCGCGAAGAGUACGCCAAUAUCAACGUGACGCUCCAUGGGGGUGACGGCCAUUUCGGGUUGACCACGCGCGACAACGUCAUCUACCUUGUUGUGGUUAAGGCACCACUGGAUCGUGAGCAGCAGGCCAACUAUACGAUGUCUAUAAUGGCUACAGAUCAGGGUGUACCCCCGUUGAAUGCGUCAUCUGUUUUCAAUCUAGCCGUCACAGACGUCAAUGACAAUCCGCCAGUGUUCUCACAAACGGAGUACACGGUAAACAUACCCGAAGUAGCGGAACCAGGCUUCUCUGUCCUGCAGCUGCGAGCAGUUGAUCGCGAUGUGGGCGAGAAUGCUGAGCUUCGAUACGAACUGCUUGACGACCCAAGUGGCUGGUUUAAGCUGGAUGCUGUGUCUGGCCUGUUGACGACGAAAGCGUACGUCGACUGUGAAACCAAUCCUAAUCCGGUCCUGUCGGUCGUGGCCAGGGAUCGCGGCACCCCGCGGUUAUCGGCUACCGCUCGGGUCAGUGUGACUGUCAGCGAUUUCAAUGACAACGAACCACUCUUUGAUCAGAGCUACUACAACGUGACAGUUGCAGAGGAUACAGAAAUGGGAACUUGUAUCCUUAAGGUUUCUGCUUCGGAUCCUGACUGCGGAGUUAAUGCUAUCGUGAACUUUGGCUUGGGCCCAUCGGCACCAUCCGCUUUUCGAAUUGACCCACGCACAGGAGAGCUUUGCGUGGCUACACGACUCGACCGAGAGUUGAGAGCCACUUACGAAAUACCCGUAAUGGCCACCGAUAGGGGCGGCCUAAGUACGUCCACCGUAGUAAAAGUGCACGUCCUCGACAUAAACGACCAUCGACCAAAAUUUCUACUCGACGAAUACAAUGUGUCCCUAAGUGAGUUCUUCGAUCAAACGACGCAACCUAUCGUUGUAGUUGUAGCCACUGAUCGUGAUACUGGACUCAACGGACGAGUCACCUACUCCAUUGUUGAAGGAAACGCUCAGAAACGCUUUCGUAUUGAUCCUAGCACAGGCGGGAUCUACAUCACGUCAGCCUUACGCCGUAGCUCAGGUGGCAUGACGCAUCAUCUUGUCGUGACAGCCCGGGACGGUCAGGGUGUCGAGGCCGAACGGCCUGCGCAUGUCCACGUACAUGUUAGUGUUAUUGGAGCAAUGUCAUCAAAUCAACAGAGGACACCGGUAUUCGAUGCGCCCCGAUACGUUUUCCCUGUUCGUGAAGACGUGACACCUCACAGCGUCGUCGGCAAUGUGAUAGCUCGUGCUGCUGAUCAAGGCUCUCAUGGGGUGCGCUAUGCGAUUCGUUCGGGUAAUGACCAGGGUUUGUUUACGAUCGACCCUAUUCGAGGGUUGAUUUCAGUUGAAAAAACUCUCGAUUUCGAGACCGCGGCGUCAGUCCUUCUAAAUGUUCAAGCUGCCGCCGGUAACCCGCCGGCCUACGGGCAUGCUCAAGUCAACAUUUCAAUCGAAGAUGUAAACGACAACAACCCGUGUUUCGAAAGUUCCGAAGUGAGGAUAUCUGUAGCCGAAAAUACAAGUCUAAGUAGCCCAUUAUAUUCGGCUCACGCUGAAGACGCUGAUUCCGGUGAAAAUGGCCGAGUUACUUAUGCUCUUGCUGAGGAAUCUGACAGCUUUAAGGUAGUCGCUCGAACAGGCGCCAUCAUGCUCAAGCGUAGUCUUGACUAUGAGUUGCGUCAACAGUAUCGCUUGAUUUUGGUCGCACGAGAUGGCGGACAGCCUACGCGGACGGGGAACACGACGAUCAUCGUCGAAGUUCAGGAUGUCAAUGAUAACGCGCCUGUAUUCGAACACGAAUCCUACCGGGUCACGAUUGACGAGAGCCUUCAGUUAGACGAGCAUUUCCUACAGGUGGUUGCUGCCGAUUCAGAUAGUGGAAAUAACGCCCGCAUUACAUAUAGGCUCGUGGAGACAGAGUCUGGUGGUACGAUUUCUCCACGGUUUGGUAUAUCACCAAACACCGGUCAAAUAUUCCUUCGGCAACGAUUAGAUCGAGAGUCAGAAGAAUCGUACGAGCUGAGCGUUGAAGCAGUCGAUAACGGAAGUCCUUCAUUGUCGGCUCAGGCGCUCGUUCACGUGACCAUUAGCGAUGCGAACGACAACGAACCUCAAUUCCUUAGGGACUCAUUUGAAUUCGCCGUUGAAGAGAACGCCGAACCUGGACGAAGGGCCGGUGAAGCGCAGGCCGUUGACAAGGAUCUCGGCGAUAAUGCUGCACUUCGAUACGUUUUACUUUCUUGUGAUAAUGAGUUCUACAUCAAUCCAGCAUCUGGAGAAAUGUUCACCAAAAUGCGUUUGGAUAGGGAGAAACGCUCGAGCUACGAGUGCGUUGUAGAAGCUCGUGACCAAGGCUCAACACCGAAGAGUUCCCGGGUAAGCGUUCGAAUCCGUGUCCUCGACAAAAAUGACAACGCGCCACAAUUCAUCGAUAAUCAAGAGACCGAUUUCAGUGUUCGAGAAGAACAACCGGCCGGUUCCGAGGUGGCUCACGUACGGGCAACAGACUCGGAUGAAGGGGCAAACGCUGAAAUUGUUUACGAAAUCGAGGCGACGGGUGCUCCAUCCGACGGAGCCCAACUCUUCAGCGUCAACAGUGAUGGACUCAUUAGGACGAAAAGUGUCCUUGAUCACGAACAACAGGACAUGUACACCCUGCGCGUAGUUGCUAAGGAUAUGGGCUCACCAUCACUCGAGGCAAAACUCGAUCUCACCAUUAAAGUGCAAGACGUCAACGACAACCAGCCGUCAUUUUUCAGUUCAACAAUCAGCUUCACAAUUCAGGAAGGCCUACCGCCAGGCCGUGAGGUCGGCGUUGUGGAGGCUUUUGACCAGGACAAAGGACAAAACGGGUUGAUAACCUAUACCAUCGUCAGUGGCAAUCCUUUCAAUACAUUCAGUAUCGACCGUUCAAACGGAGUGCUCUAUACCAACGUCGAGAUCGACUUCGAGCGUACGCCCGACUUCGCGCUCCAAGUGAGCGCUAGUGACAAUAACGUUAUGGACUCACGAGGCUCGGUAAUUAAUGUCAACAUUCGUGUGGAAGAUGUUAACGACAACGCGCCCAAAUUCGCAACUGACCCAAUCGUCUUCUCUGUGAGUGAAAGCGCUUCUCCUGGAAGUGUUCUCACGACAAUUACGGCUCGAGACGAAGAUAGCGGUUUGAAUGGUGAGGUGCGCUAUUCAAUUGCUGAAGCAGGCCCGGGCAAACAAACGUUUACAAUCGACCCCGUCUCAGGCGCUGUGACUCUGAUUGAGCCCUUAGACUACGAAAAACAACCUCAAUAUGUUUUCGUAGUGAAAGCCCAGGACCAGGCUCGAGAUAUGGAAUCUCAACUGAGCAGCAAAGCGACCAUAACACUGCUCGUUGAAGACGAAAACGACAAUUCACCUGAGAUAGUAUCGAAAAAUUAUGUCGAGGUUCUAGAGGACGAGGACGUUGGCGCAGUUGUUACGACAAUCCUAGCCAGCGAUCGGGAUUCACGUGAAAACGGACGCAUUACGUUUCGGAUUCAGAGUGGAGAUAUUCAUGGAAACUUCCAUUUGGACGAAAACACUGGUCGAUUAACCAUAGCUCGUCGCCUUGACCGUGAAUUAACGCAGGAAAUUGUGCUGAAUAUCACCGCAAGAGAUAAUGGCCGCUCUAGACGCUACACCGUUCAAUCACUUCGCGUGAAGAUUCGCGAUGUAAACGACUGUGCGCCGAUGUUUGUUCAACGAUCGUACUAUGUCAAUGUUACCGAAACCAAGCCUAUUGGAAGCACUCUGCUUCGGGUGUCGACAAAAGACAACGACGUGUCCGGUGGCUCGAACGUCACGUAUACGCUGCACCAGGAUCCUUCGAUUCCGUUCACCGUCGACGCAAUUACUGGUGAAGUCCGCAUCACCGCAGUUCUGGAUCGAGAACAAUGCGAUCGCUACAAUUUGACAAUAUUCACGGAUGACGGUGCAACUCCGGUGGCACAUUUCGAUUCGGCCAAUUUAAUUAUCGAUGUUCUCGACGCUAAUGAUCAUGCACCGGACUUUGGAGAGAGCUGUUAUCCUCUGUAUAUUCCCGAGAAUCGAGGGCUAUCUGUGAUUCAUCGGCUGCACGCGAACGACCGCGACGCAGGACAGAAUGGCGACGUAAUCUAUAAUAUUGCCGAAGGCAACGACGGAAACAUGUUCGCCAUCGACCCAUACUCCGGCAGUUUGAGUUGUAAGGGUCUCGAUCGUGAGACGCUGCCGGUUUACCGACUCACCAUCCAUGCUCAAGAUCAAGGAGUGCCGCCAAAAAUUGGCCGCUGCAAUCUUGAAGUGCACGUGCUCGACCAAAAUGACAACGAUCCUCAGUUCGAACAUAGCGAAUACAGUGCUCAGGUGAAAGAGGAUGCGGAGAUCGGGACCGAAGUUCUUAUGGUAAAGGCGCAUGACAUCGACGAGGGGGCUAAUGGCAAGGUAACCUACUCGUUGAUUAAUGCGACUGGUGUGCCGUUUGGCAUUGACAGUGAGACGGGGCACAUCCUAACUACUGGCCAUUUCGAUCGAGAACACGAACAAAGCUACACGCUCGAGGUUCGCGCAUCCGAUAACGGGGCCUAUGAAUCACGAUUUCAUUCGGCAACGGUACACAUCGCUAUCACAGACGCAAACGACCACAAGCCCGUAUUUAUUCGAUACCCAUUCAUUGCUGAAAUCUCACCUGAUGCCCCUAUCGGCGCCAAGAUCGAGCGAGUCGUGGCUGAAGACGAUGACGACGGCCAGAACGCUGAUGUUUCCUAUACAUUUAGCGAGCAAGGACUUCAUAAUAACCUCUUCAACAUUGAUCCAUACUCUGGCCAGGUUACGUUAGUUCAGAGCGUGUACAACUACAAUGGCAAGGUCCUUCACGUCGAGAUCGUGGCUAGCGACCGUGGCGAAGUACCGAAAUCUUCACUGGGCGUCCUUGAAGUUCACGUGGGCAAAACCUCACACCACCAAGAGCUUCACUUCGAGCAGGAAAAGUAUGCAGCCUACAUUUUGGAGAAUCCCAAUUAUGGUGCGGAAAUCACCACUAUAAGAGCGUUCAAUGAUCUUAUGAGCUCGCAGGACAUUACCUACUCGUUCGAUAGUGACUCGGACGAAUUUUCGAUCAAUCAUAGCACGGGCGUCGUGCGAGUGAACAAUUCGCUCAAACUCAACUAUAAACAACAGCAGGCAAUUACCACAAUCGUAAUCGCGAAGAGCAUCCGCAACGGGGAACCGAGUUAUGGCUAUGCCCGUCUACAGGUGAACCUUCGUGAUAAGAACGACAAUACGCCGCGGUUCUCGCAAACUCACUAUGUCGCAUCGGUGGCCGAAGGCAAUCGACGGGGUGAAGUUGUCGUGCAGCUGUCCGCUAUUGAUGAGGAUGAGGAACAUGGUAAUGGUCAUGUGAUGUACCACAUUGUGGACGGCAAUCACGACAAUGCCUUCGCCGUCGAUACUUCUAGCCCCGGUGUGAUUCGAACGAACAUCGUGUUGGACAGAGAAAUCCGCGACACGUAUACGCUGACGGUAAUCGCAACUGAUGAAGGGUUGCCACCGUUGACCGGCACGACGACCGUGCACGUAUCGGUGGUGGAUGUCAAUGAUAACCAGCCCGUUUUUCCCCCGUACGAUCCGCUUAAAGUUCGUGAAGAUAAACUGGUAGGGGGGGUCGUUUCGGUGAUCACAGCGAACGAUGUUGAUGCACAUCCGGCGCUCGUAUACAACCUGCGAAACUCUGAUAACACGUUUACAAUCGACGCGUUCUCGGGUCAGCUGACGCUGGCGAGGCAACUGGACUUCGAGACGCAGACGAAUUACUCCGUAACAGUAAUGGCGACCGAUGGUGCACACACGGCAGAGACGACGGUAUCUGUAAUCGUUCUCGAUGUUAAUGACCAUGCUCCGAAAUUCAAUGAAUCGGCGUACACGGCGAUGCUGAGCUCAAGUAGUGGGGGAGUCAUUCUUACGGUAAACGCUACAGACGCUGACUUGUCGGACAAUAAUCGUGUCACAUACAAGAUUCGGCCAAAGUGUGAAUUCCUCAAGAUCAAUCGGAAAACAGGGGAAAUUUCACUUCGGGAGGGAGUGUCUCUAAAACCGAAUGUCAUUGCCUAUCUCUCAGUCGUCGCAGAGGAUGAGGGAAGCCCCUCGUUCAGUACGGCCGUGCCGCUGCGUAUACAAACUUCGAGUCUUCUAGAAAAACCCUAUAAUUUCGCCGAGAAGAGUUAUUCGGCUUCGAUCCUCGAAUCAGCGCCAAUUGGCUCAACGGUGGCGAACCUCAGCACUGUCGAUCUUCAUAACGGUGCCAAGACUGCUGAGUCGAAGCUCUCGUUUGACAUCUAUGAGGGCAAUGAAGAUGGUCUUUUCGCAAUCGACAGCAAGGGCAGGGUACAAACGGCUGGGCGACUUGAUCGUGAAACGCAACGGCAUUUUGAGCUUAAGGUUGUGGCUUUCCCGCACCGUAAACGCGAAAUCAUAAAUGUCACCACGGUUCUGGCUGUCGAUGUCAACGACGUGAAUGAUUCGCCUCCAGUAUUUAGUAAGAGCCGCUACGAAAUUUUAUUGUCGGAGCUUACCCGGGUAGGCACUAUGAUUCUGCAAGUGGUCGCCAUAGAUAAGGAUGCAGAAAGUGACGUUGCUUACGACAUAACAUCAGGGAAUGAAAAGGGCCAGUUUGAAAUUGGUAAUCGUACCGGGAACAUCGUGCUGCUCAAAGAACUCGACUUUGACGCCACGGAAGAAUUCAGGUUUAUAGUACGGGCCAUCGAUUUGCUAAAUCCUGCGCUUGCUUCGCUUGUCGGCGUCUCAAUAAAAGUUAAGGACGAAAACGACAACGCACCUGUAUUUCCAGUGUCGCGUUACAAUGAGUUCGUUCAAGAGUCAGCUCCUGUCGGAAGUGUGGUUUUCACUGCCCACGCUAGCGACAGGGAUAAGGGCCGUUACGGCGCGCUUAAUUACAGCAUUUUAGAGGCCGACGCAAGAGACAAGUUUAGCAUAAACGCUGAAAGCGGGCUAGUUACGACGAAUGCGGUUUUUGAUUUUGAAAGCAAAAAGCGGUACCAUUUUACUGUAGUGGCCAUCGAUGCUGGCGGUAAGUACGCCCAUGCCCAGGUUCAAGUUGACAUCCAGGGCAAAGACGAGUAUCCACCAGAGUUUCUCAAACCGGUGUACCAUUUCACAGUUCCUGGAAAUGCCCCGAAAGGCUAUGGCGUCGGACGUGUUGAAGCAACCGACGUCGACGGAGGAUCCGACGGUAUUGUGUCAUAUUGGCUGCGAUCACCAACCCAACCGAAUUUCCAAGUGAACGCGACCACCGGAGUCAUCUAUGUCGUCGAGCCGAUUUCCUCUCCGAAACGAGUUGUUGAAAUAGCGCUGACCGUGGAAGCUGGUAGUGGUCGGACAAAUUCGUUGACGAGCCUUACCACCGUACAGCUCACCGUCGACUUUUCUCUGAACGCCAGUCUUGUAACUGAGAAUCUGUCAGAAAGCGGAGUGGCCGCGUGGAUUUACGCGUUGCUAAUACUUCUCGGCUUCGCCUUAUUGAUCCUGCUCAGCCUUAUGCUCUUCUCCAAGUAUCGCACUUUGUCAAAGGAAGCCAACAAACCUGAAGCUGCCCGCGGAUUCGAAGAUACCAUAGAUGCCAUGGACGCACGCCGAUAUCCAAACCUCACGUACCCGCCACACUACAACGAGAUUUCGCACUACGACACGCCUGACGAGGCCCACAUGACGACGGGAUACGACAAGAGAUGCGUAUCCAGCCGAAGUGCCGAUGAAGACGAUGAGAUCCGCAUGAUCAAUGAAGGCCGGAUGCUUAACAUGACGCAUCGAGCCCACUGUGGCGGAGAGGAUGCCACGAGCGUGAUAUCAGCUCAAAACACACAAGAGUAUCUAGCGCGGCUUGGCAUCUACACGGGCUCCGAAAAGAGCACUCAAGGAGACUAUGCCAAGAUCGAAGGUGGCGAUUGCGACGGGAUGUCUAAUAUCAUCUACGAGAAACUCGAUGACCUCGACGACCAAGCCGUACCACAGCGAGGACCUCCACCGGUUAAAAUGCGUCAGCCACCUGUUGCCGGCUCUCUAAGUUCGAUUGUGCACAGUGAAGAGGAAGUUGCCGGUUCGUACAACUGGGAUUAUUUGAACGACUGGAGCCCACAGUAUCACAAAUUGCCGAAUCUCUUUGCAGAAAUGGCUAAGAUUAGUCCGGUAGUCGGUUCUGGGGGAGAUUCUGGAGGCCCGUCUGGUCCACCACACCCGGGAUACCCGAUGACCGCACUGAGUUCGGGGGACUCGUCGAAUGGAUCUCGGCGUAGCGUGAUUAUUGAACGACUUCCGCCGACGCAACAGCGGCCGCCACCUCCACCGAUGCCCCCAGCAGUCGUAGCUGCUGUGGCUAACUCCGCUAUAUCAACUAACAUGGCCCCGUACCCAAGCGCAAUGACCCCUAGCUUUGAUCCUUGUCCACCACCGACGCGUUCAUCGGAAGAACUCUCGCCUGUGUACGACGUAUCGCUUAUGGCGGGGCCACAUGCGCACCGUAUGUCGUUGCGUUCCAUAGUAGGCAGCCGAGCAGCCACACUAACCCGAGCUGCGGAGAGCGAUUCCGAAUUGUAACAUCAAUUCUAACAAUACCCAAAAUUUAAAUCUCUUUUAUGUCAACGGAUGGGCCCUAGAUGGUUGCUGUCACACUUUUAGAUGUUCGUCAAUGAAUACGGGAAAUCGCAAAACAAAAACCUCUAGCUGAUCUUACCCUGUUGAAGGAAGAGACGUUUCUACCGUAGUGUCCUGAAACAUUCCAUGAAACAAGGGCCAUUAUGUCAUUUUAUUUUGCCGCAAAACAAAUGAAGAUCUCUACACGGUUUUGAUAUUAUAAGGCAGUGGACGAAUUUGUAACUAAUUGUAUUAGUAGUAAUAAUAAAAGCGGAUUCUGCAGCCAAAUAGGGAGUGGAGGCAAAACCAGAAACGUGGGAUAGGCAGAACAAGGCCCAAUCACUGGCAGAGCAACGUAUUUAUUGUAUAUAUGCGUGUGAGCGGGUAAGAAGAAGAUAAGAAAGUGUUGAGAAAAACUUCGAAAAUUGAAUUAGAAGAUUGACGAGAACGAACGAACGAACGAACCGAUAGCCGUCACUCUAUUUUUAGACGUAUGUACAUAAAUGUACUUUCUUUUGUAAAUAGGAUCAGUAAGCAAACAGCAUAAACACAUACGAGAUGCAAUAAGCAGAUUGUCUUUAACGAAAUCCUUGGCGGAGUUCUCCUUGCGCCUAUUGUUAAAUCCCAAUUUAACGAACAAAUAGAAGUAUACCUAUAUCUUGUAAAUGUUAUGUACAGUUGGACGGCAAAGGAAGACUUUCGAAGUGUGCGAUUAUGUGAAGGCUGCCGCUUGUAAAGAUCAAACCAUCAAUUGUAGAUAUGGUACCGAAACUCAUGGCGCACGAAGCAACGUCAACAAAGGAUACGAUUAACAAAAUCAGGAAGACUCAAAUAAAUGCUAUCCAAUUUGUCCUCUGUACAAAGUUGCGCACAACGGGAAAUGUUGAUAACGAAUUACGACAGUAUAAAUACUGCAGAUAAUAUGAUAAGUAUGGCGGCGCGAUUUCCCAAUGUAAAAUGACUCAUUGAUAAUGUGCGUUUUUUUUUUGUCUAAAUAAAAAAAAAGUUAAA